UUGUUUGGAAAUUCUCUAAAGAACAUACACAAGUUUGACCGUGAAUAGAUUUCCGCAUAGUGAUCGCAAAGGUUGCAGUGCAGUGAUUGAUCUGUAACGUUUAUAGUGAUUUUUUUUUUCGGGAAAUUUAUUGUGCAAACAGGAUGAACUCCUUUGUGUUCGUUGUUGCAUUCUGCGUGUGUGUAGCUGGCGGUUCACCUAUUGAAGAUGGCAGAUGGAAUCCCUAUAAAUAUGGCGACACUGGCAAGUAUAUACCAACAGACGAAGGAAAAUAUAUACACAUACCAAACCCCUACAUACAUAUAGACAACCCUUACGACGGUGGAUAUGGACCAUACGCACAUGAUUAUGAGCCUUAUGUCGAGGCGGCUUCACAGGAUGUAUACAAGCUAGUCCUAAAACCACCUCAAGAGUUCAACCCAUUCUACAAAGAAGGUUAUUACAAGAACAAUGGCAUCAAGAUCAUCAACCAGAAACACAAUUAUGAAGAGGACAAAUACGAUUUUCUUUUCGAAACUGAAAACAAGAUUCGUGCAAAGGAGAAUGCUGUAUUGAAAAAUCCAAACUCAAUCGACGAGGGAAUUGCAUCACAGGGAUUCUACGAAUACAUCGGCCCUGAUGGAUUCAUGUACAGAGUAGACUACACGGCUGACGAGAACGGCUUCCGCCCAAAAGUGAGGCGGUUAGAGACCCCUUACUCCGGAAAAUGGGUGCUUGAAAAGGUCAACUAGAAAAAUUUACUCCGCUCGGACCAAAAACGAAACAUUUCCUAACAAUUUCCUCAUAAAAAUCAGUAUUUUCUAAUAAGUAGACGAUACCGAUAAAUCGAAUAAUUUUAUGCAUUGAAUUAUUUAAUGCGUAAUUCACGAUGAGUAGUCUAUCACGAAUGUGACAUUUUAACAAAAUUUACGAAUUAUUUUUGAAAAAUUAUUAGGUUAAUAUUGUUAACAUAAAUAAUGUCAAAACAGCAAAUUACCAAUAUUGUAAUUAUUAAAUUGCUAAUAUUUGUACAUAGACGAACAAAGACAAUUAUUUCUUCAUCAAAUGUAAUAUGUCUGUUUAGAAUUAUAUCUUAAUUUAUGUUUUAGCUGUAAGUAUUUAGAUAAAUGUAAUUAAGAACAUUAUUUAUAAAUUGUGAUAAUAAAUUUAUAUUUCUAUAAAA